GCGUGGCCUCGGGCCGCGGCGUGGGGUGCAAUGUCGCGGGUGCAGCUCCAGUGUAAGAACCUUCAGGAGUUCCUGCGCGGGCUCAGCCCCCCCACCCUGGACCGGCUCUAUGGGCACCCGGCCACCUGCCUGGCCGUCUUCAGGGAGCUGCCGGGGCUGGCGCAGGCCGGAUCAUGCGGAUGCUGUUCCUGGAGCAGCCGCUGCCCCAGGCGGCCGUGGGGCUCUGGGUCAAGAAGGAGCACAGCAGGGAGCAGCAGCAGAGCCAGGAGGUGCUGCUGGAGCUGCGCCUGUGGCACCCCCACACCCUCCCGGGGGGGCUCCCGGGGGUCGCCCUGCACCCCAACUUCCGACAGAACCUGAGGGUGGCCCUGCUCGGGGGGGGCAAGGCCUGGUCGGACGACACGGCCCCGCUGGGCCCGGACCGGCACGCCCGCGACGUUCCCGCCCUGGACAAAUACGCCGAGGAGCGCUGGGAGGUGGUUUUGCACUUCAUGGUUGGGUCCCCGAGCGCGGCCGUCAGCCAGGACCUGGCGCAGCUGCUGGUGCAGGCCGGGCUCAUGAAGAGCGAGGGGGGGGAGCCCCCCUGCAUCACCUCGGCCGGGUUCCAGUUCCUGCUGCUCGACACCCCCGCCCAGCUCUGGUUCUUCAUCCUGCAGUACCUCAGGGGGGCCGAGGCGCGGGGGAUGGACCUGGUGGAGAUCCUGUCCUUCCUGUUCCAGCUGAGCUUCUCCACACUGGGAAAGGAUUACUCGGUGGAGGGCAUGAGCGAGUCGCUGCUGACGUUCCUGCAGCACCUGAGGGAGUUCGGGCUGGUGUUCCAGAGGAAGCGGAAGUCGCGUCGGUUCUACCCGACCCGCCUGGCCAUCGCGCUGGCCUCGGGGACGGCGGGGACAUCGCUGGGGACAGCGGGGACAUCGCUGGGGACAGAGCCCGACGGGCACGGCUUCAUCCUGGUGGAGACCAACUACCGCAUCUACGCCUACACAGACUCGGAGCUGCAGGUCGCCCUCAUCGCGCUCUUCUCGGAGCUCCUCUAUCGCUUCCCCAACCUGGUGGUGGCACAGGUGACAAGGGACAGCGUGCAGGCGGCCAUCGCCAACGGCAUCACCGCCGACCAGAUCAUUCACUUCCUGCGCACCCGCGCCCACCCCGCGAUGGCCAAACAGAGCCCGGUGCUGCCCCCGACCAUCACGGACCAGAUCCGGCUCUGGGAGCUCGAGCGGGACCGGCUGCGCUUCUCCGAGG